AUGAUAUCUGCUAGAAUUAAUGAAUUCAAUAAGAAAUGUGAUAUUACAUUUCAAAUUUAUACUCAUAAUAAUAGAAAUUUGCGCCCCACAAUUGUAAAAGAGGAAUUAGAUUGGGUUUUAUAUUUGCACAACUCACAUUUCUGUCUUAUAAGAAGAAAUAAAAAAAGUUUGGGUAUUAAAGAAAUAGAAGAUAAUUAUGAACAAGUUUGGAAAACGUGUGGAGACGAUAACGCAGUAACACAGGUUUCACCUCUGAAACAAAACGUGUUUUCAAGUAUAAAUGAUGCUGGGUUAUUUGCUUGGGAUUUUGAAACGUAUUCAGAAAGUGAAACGCGUAAAGCAAUUCCUUAUGCGUCCAGAGGAAUUCUAUCUUUACCUUUAUCUAAUCCAUACACAGAUGAAGAUUUACAGAAAAAAUGGAAAAAACAGAAAGAAAUAACAAGUAAUAAUAAUUAUUUACAACAUAUUAAUUUCACAUGUUCCUAUCAACAUGAAACAUCUAGUUUAGCGGCAUGGGGUAAUUCAUCUAAUCUACCAAUGAAUUUGAGAAAGAUCACUGAUAUCGAUAUUGCAAAAUACACCAAAGAUAACUGGGAAUCUUUAAGACACGAAUGGGAACCUUACGCUAAAAGAGAUACGUUAUGUCUUGGAAGUUGUUUGAUAAAAUAUAACCAAGUCACGAAAGAAGUUGUAAACCAAAAUAUGUCCAAUAAUCUAACGGCUCCAUCUUUAUCUUUUAAGGGUUGGUAUUAUUUGUAUCAUUACGAUAAAGAAAUGGUUGAAGAAGAAUGGUAUGAAACUACUAGAAUGGUUGCGAAACAUACAGAAAAAGAAAAUAUAGAAAAAGUUUAUUCGCACACUAAUCCUUUUAUAAGACAUUAUAUCAGACGAUCUAUUAAAGGAGGAAGAGUUUCGGCAAAUAGAAAAAUAUUUGAAACGAACAAAAUGGAUGAAAUUUGUAAUGUAUUAAAGGAAUUUAUUUCACAAAGUGAAACACCAAGUGAAACUGAAAGUAUUUCACAAAGUGAUAAUUCACAAAGUGAAACACCAAGUGAAACUGAAAGUAUUUCACAAAGUGAUAAUUCACAAAGUGAAACACCAAGUGAAACUGAAAGUAUUUCACAAAGUGAAACACCAAGUGAUAAUUCUCAAAGUGAAACACGAAGUGAUAAUUCAAGAAGAGAUAACAUAAUUAAUCUAUUCAAAGAAUACAGCGCCAGCACAAAAGACAAAACAGAAGUUAAUUCAAAACUUAAAAAAAUAAAAUGUACUAAACUAAUGGCAUUUGAUGCUAAUGGUUUGUACGCUUCAGCAAUGUCGGAUUUAGACAGUGAAUAUCCAAAAGCGGAAAGUGCUAGACCGUUUCUACCAGAAGAAGAAAGAAAAUUUUUAAAACUCUAA